UGUGUUCAGUUUAAAGCUGUAAGCUAACUCGCUUGCACGCGUUUCCCGCACAUGGGAAAGUUGGCGCUGAAAUUUAAUUUGUAGGAAAAAACAAACAUGCAAGAUGUUCGUUGCGAAUGAUGAAUUUCAUUGCGAUAUAUUAAAAACCGAUUGACAAGAUAUUUUUGUGGAAACUUUUUUCCAUGUUAUUCUGUGUCGUAUAAAAAAUCAAGUAGAAUUUUUUUCGUAGAACGUGUCGUCUAAUCCUUCCAUUGCAAAGUGAUUUUCUACUCCGUCAAAAUAUUGAUUUGAUUUACAACGCAAUAUGGAUAUGCCAGCCGAUAAAAAAUACAGAGAAACGCUUAUUAAGAAUGUCAAGAAAGAAGUAAAGCAAAUAAUGGAAGAAGCGGUUACUAAACGAUUCGUUCACGAAGAUAGUAGCAGUGUUACUUCCUUAUGUGCUGCUGUUGAAGCAUGUUUAUCUCAGGGUAUUAAAAGAAGAGCUUUAGGAUUAUUCAAAACGAGUUCGACGACGGCUUUGCUACAUAAAGUUGCUAAGAAUUUCGAAGCUGCUGCUAUUAUUUCAAAGAAAGUUCAAGAAAUUGAACAUAGCGAUCCUAAUAGAAGAUCGUCUUCCAGUAGCGACAGCAUUAUAACGACUCGUUCAGCCAGUCAUACACUUUCGAGUAGUGCUAGUUUAACGAGACCAUCUUUGAAUAAAAAAAGUUCUUCCAGCGGCGGGUUAGCUCAAGUUCAGUUACCACGUUACUUAUGGAUAAGAUUAGCCCUGUUUGAAAAAGUAUUAGCAAAAAUUAUCGACCAUUUAGUACAAAAUAGCAGUAAAUAUUACGAAAAAGACGCCUUAGUGGCAGAUCCAGAUUACGGAUCUAUUUUAAGUUCCUUACUAGUCGGUCCAUGUGCUUUAGACUAUUCAAAAACCAAAACAUUAGACCAAUAUUGGAAUGAUCCGCCAGCCGAUGAAUUAGUUCAACGACACAGAAUAUCAAGUGGUCAUACAACACCACCAUCUUGCAGAAAAACUCCAAUUAAUUUUCGUAGAACGUUGUAUGCUGUCAAUAGUGAAGAAAAUUCUCGCCAAAAUCCCGUCUCAGCAAAAGAUUAUGUUGAAUCGUUACACCAAAAUAGCAGAGCGACUUUACUGUAUGGGAAAAAUAACGUAUUAGUUUUACCAAAAGACAUGAAAGAACCAAUGCCUGGUUACCUAUCUUUACAUCAAACACCGAUCUCUUUAAUUAUCAAAUGGACACCAAACGAACUGAUGAAUGGAUACGUGGAUGAAAAUCACGAUAAAAGGUCGUCGAACGAAAAUAGACGAAUUCAAUACUGGGACUACGCUAUGAACGUCAACUUUAAUGACAUUGUUUAUGUGCACUGUCACCAACAAGGAGAUGAUAACGGAGGAACGGUUAUAUUGGUUGGUCAAGAUGGAGUACAACAACCACCUAUACAUUUUCCUCGAGGAGGGCAUUUAUUAGCAUUUUUAUCUUGUUUGGAAAAUGGUUUGUUACCUCACGGUCAACUUGAUCCGCCGCUAUGGUCUCAAAGAGGCAAAGGUAAAGUAUUUCCGAAAUUACGCCGAAGAGGCAGACCAAUCAGAUCAAAAGGUAAUGAGCCUGAUCUCGAAGAAUCAGUUGACUACGUCUUCCAAAUCAUCAAUAAAAUGAGUCAUAGAGAAUUUCUUCUAGAACAAGGUUUAAUAGAUCCAGAAUCUUGGAGUAAUUCUGCUCAUCAUAUGGCAUCGUGUGUCCAACGCGCGCAACUUUCUUCUUCUUCGACCAAUUCAUCAACAUCCUCGAAAUCGUUCAGUUUGGAUCGUAUGGCUGUAAAUAGUAAAGACGAUUCCGGAGUUUUUUACGAAAAUCCUGUAAAUAUUAAUAAACCACAAAAACCGGCCUCGGGGGAAUCAUUGAACACAGUUUGCGAAACAAUGAAAAAACAAAUUUUAUCUCGAGCGUUUUACGGUUGGUUGGCAUACUGUCGGCAUUUAAAAACUGUUCGAACUCAUCUGUCUGGCUUAGUAAAUGUUAAAAUAAUGGAAGGAGAAGGAGCUUCAGAAGGACUCACCAAAGAAAUUUGGGAAUCGCUAAGACUGGACGAUGGUACAAUAUGCUUCGAAGAAGAAAUUUAUAGAAGGACGUACUACGGUUCCAUAGAACACGAAAUACGAAAAGAAGUAUGGCCAUUUUUACUCGGUCACUACAAAUUCAAUAGCACGAGCGAAGAACGAGAAGAAUUAGAUCGCACAACCAAGCAGUAUUAUGAAACAACAAUGACAGAAUGGCUCGCAGUUGAAGCGAUCGUGCGACAAAAAGAUAAAGAAAUUAUGGCUGCCAAUAUAGCAAAGCUGUCCAGUGAAAGUACAUCAGGGGAGCCUGCCCCUCUAACUCCUGGUCUUCAAAAUGAUAUGAGUAAUGAUGUGUUUGAAGACGAUAGUAUUGCAUCAGAUGGGGAACCUCCUAUUAUUGAUGAAAACGAACAAUUAAGUCCAGUCGUUGAAGAACGAAGUAUAGAAUAUAAUUCAUUAGAAAAUGAUCCUAGAACAAAAGAUCUCAAUGUAGAUUCUGAAAGUGAAAAUUACCAGAGUACUUCUCAACCUGUAGAAAAGUCAGAAGAAGAACGUUUACUAGAAGAUAUUCAAAAUUUCGUUAAUGAUAGCAUUUCGAGAUGCGACUCACCCGACGAAGGAGUAGGAGAGGAAGCCGACAGCGAAGAUGAAGGCGCUGAUGUCGAUUCCGCUAAAAAUACUGAUGGCCGUCAUUCUAAACCAGUAACUUCAGUAAUAAUAACGACAAACCCUUCGCAAGAUAGCGGUAAUCAAUCGGAAAUUAGCAACGGAAGUCGUAAUUCUUGUUCACAAAUGAAAUCAUUCCCAGAAGAUGAUAAGGAAGGUAACGAUAAAUGCCUUCAAGAAGGACAGAGAUCUAAUUGUAUAUCCCCUGCUAGUUCUCAAGGAGGAGUUUACUCUGUUGAAAUUUUGGAAACAUUUGGCUUGAACGUGCAUAGAAUUGAUAAGGAUGUGCAACGUUGUGAUAGAAAUUAUUGGUAUUUUACUUUGGAUAAUUUAGAAAAAUUACGAAACAUAAUGUGCACAUAUAUUUGGGAACAUUUAGACAUCGGUUAUAUGCAAGGAAUGUGUGAUUUAGUAGCUCCUUUACUCGUAAUACUCGAUGACGAAUCAAUAACCUACGCUUGUUUUUGUCGCCUCAUGGAUAGACUUUCGGCCAACUUUCCUCACAGCGGCGAAGCAAUGGAUAUGCAUUUUGCAAAUAUGAGAUCUCUCAUUCAAAUACUCGAUCCAGAAUUAUUCGAAUUAAUGGACAAAAAUAGAGAUUAUACGCAUUUCUUUUUCUGUUACCGUUGGUUUUUAUUAGAUUUCAAGAGAGAAUUAUUAUAUGACGACGUAUUCAUCGUUUGGGAAACAAUAUGGUCAGCAAAAUUUGUUUCCUCGGCGCAUUUUUAUUUAUUUUUUGCCUUAGCUUUGGUAGAAACGUACAGAGAAAUAAUUAUUGGAAAUCAAAUGGAAUUCACCGAAAUAAUUAAAUUUUUUAAUGAUAUGGCAGAGAGACAUGAUGCUAAAUCGGUUUUAAAUCUUGCUCGAAAUUUGGUUGUGCAAUUACAUUCGUUGAUUGAAGAUCAGCUGAGUACUUCGUCUACUACAUCUUCUUAAAUUGUUAUUAUAUAAUACGGCAAAAAAAACAAUUGAAGUAGGUAUUGUACUUCUAUUUUGAAUGAAACAUUUUUCAUUUUUAUUUAUUUUUUAUCGUGUGAACGUACUCCUAAUUUGCUUCGGGUUGUCAACGCUUUAUAUCCGGUAACACAUUCAUGAGACUGGAGGACCUGGUUAUUUAUAUACUCUAUAUCUUAACUCGAUCUAUGUGUUUUAAAAAUAAAAUACAUAACGUUUAUACGCUUUGUAAAAGCCGGAAUUAUUUUAUACUCGUAUGUAUCUAGCCAUAAAUGAAAGCAAUGAGAUGGUGUAUAUAAUAUACCUACUCGUACUUAAUCAACCGAAGUACCGGGUGACUUAAAAGUCCUGCAACCGAAAAAUUGGUUCCUUGAAAAAAUAUCAACAGCCAAAAAGAAAUGAAAUGGCAGUCGUUGCAUAGCAGAGACUCCAAGUGAUUCACAGCUAAUAAACUUGUUCCCUUGUAAUGAUUCUUCCACAACAUUUUUAGUAUUAAGUAAAAAUUUUCGAUUUUUCACGAAAAAAUUUUUAAAGUUUUUUUUUCCUGAAAAAUUAAAUAACGAUCGGCGAAUGGCGGGGGGUGCAUCAUCUGGUGAAGACCAUCGUGUAGCGUUGCAUAAGCCAUCUUAAAAUAAUCCGACGUAGGCAACCUUUCGUACACCUAUGAUAAUUGUCUGCUUGGUAAUAUAAUUCAAGUAUGCCUGGUCUGCCCCUGCAAAAUGUGCGCUAUGCAAUUCGAAUGGGGGGUGAAACUUUAAUUACUUGGGGGAGUACCCUCCUACUAUUAAUAACAACGCAAUUGAAAAAGCCUGCUCAUAAACGUAUUUUUUAUUUUAAAAAAAAUUUUGGGUUGCGUAACUUUUGGGUCACCCGGUAUCUAUGUAGUACCUACUACCUACCUACCUACCUACCUACCUACCUACACAACUUAUAAUCAGGUCUUCCAACUUUUACCUAACCGAUCUCGGAAAAUGAGACUUAUGAAAUCGUUUCACAAAGGAGAGAAGCUGUAGUUUUGAAAUCGUAUUUUAAAACGAUUUGAAACCCUUUUGCUAUCGAAACAGUUGAAACACACGGUGUUUUGAUUUUGAGUCUUUGUUUGCAUAAAUUACGUUUCAAAACCAUUUCUAAAAACCGUUUCAAAAAGUUUUGAAACUGAAACUAAUUUUUGAUGACAAUACAGUAUAGUAAUUCUCCUCUCGAAACAGUUUCAAAACAGUAUUUUCCGAGAUCAGGAUAUUUACCAAAUAUGCGUUUCUGUUUGAAUUUAAUGUCAAAUAUUACAAAGUUGUUUUGAUAACGUAUAAUAAUGUAUAUUCGUAAACAUACAUGUGCGUGUUUAUUCUUAAAAACUAUAGAUAGGUAUAUGAGUAACGGUGCAAAGUUUUUUCAAAACUCUCAUAAUAAUUAUUUAUUUCUUAGUUACUUAUAACAAUUUAAAGAAAGCAAAAUAUUUUUAUAAUUUUUAGAAGUGUGAAAUCAGCUUUUUGAAAAUCUAAAGGCUUAUAUUAGCUAAUAUAAGUUUUGCUAGAACAACAAUUUUAAGAUCAUACACAAAGAUUUGCUUUCUUCGUUGUACCUAUAAUAUUGUAUUUAGGAUUACGAACGAGCGAUAAUUUUUCAAUCUUUUCUCGCUGCUCAGCUUUCAAGACAGAUGAACGAUUUAAAUUACAUUUACCCGUUAUAGACAUAGCAAUCGAUGUUUCGGUAUUAAAAAAUACAAAAAAAAAAAAAAGUGGCGUUACAUAAAUGCAAAAAUGAUGUUUACUAAGAAAGCAUUGGUAGAAACCGUUGUCGACUUCGCCUUAGUAGGUAUUUCAAACUCAAAAGUAGGUGGCCUUUUUACGUAAGUGAAAUCGCGUGUACGGGCAACAGUGAAGCCAAUCAAUAGACGCCUUUUAGGCGCCAUAUCGUUGGAAACCGCUCUUUUUACUCGGCUUCAUCUCGUACUGGGUACCUAUGUAAAAUGCGAACAAACAGGUAUUUUAAAAUUAAAUAUAUAACGUACCUACCUACGUGAUUUAGUUAGGUAUAAUAAUAUCAUUAUUAUAAAAAUGGAUGAAAAUAAAUUCACGAGAUUCCGGCGACAAACGCAGAGAAUAUCUACAAAUUAUCGAGUCUUUUAAGUGUUUUGAAAUUCAAGGUCAUCGAAGCGUGAAAAAUUCGAAUCGCAUCGCGUCGCGUCGAGUUAAUUGAAAUAAUUUUGCGGUUUAUCGAAGCGUGUUUACAAUUUACUUACGUGAUGUUAAUUACGCUUUCCGAAAGUAUCAAUCUUCUAUUAUCUUAUUUCUCACCCUUUUUUCCACGCUUUUCCCUUUCCUUAUGAACAGUAUCGUCGAACGUCGAUGGAAUAUAGUUACUAUUUUGACUUUGCUGAAUAGAUAUAGGUAGCACGUGUUUUUAUCCGACACAUUUCAUUUAGCCGUCGAUAAAAAAUCUCCUCCCGUAGUUUUUACACUUUUCGUUUAACCUUAAAGGUCAUCGCAUAAUUUCCGUUGCUGAAAUUUUAAUCGAUUCCAUCACUUUGAGAUGAUUUACUUUUAUACGUCGUCAUAACAACUUGUAGUAGGUACCUACUUUAUUGUGUUCUUAUUUAAUUUCAACCUUUCUGUCGUCAAUUUUAAUGAAUUUACUCAGGAAAUAAACAUCUUACAUGUGUUUAGGAUAAGUUUAAAAAUUCACCAACUAACAGUGUGCAUGUGUGUGUGUAUGUAUGUAUCGAUGUGUGCGUGCGUGUGUGUGUGUGUGACGUGCAAUUUUUCGUUUAACGAAGUGAACUUUUUUCUCGUUUUGGAAAAGUAAAAAAUUAUGCAUUAGGUUACCUUGCCGAUUUCGCAGUAAAAUGUUUUGAAAGUGUUGCUUUAGUAUUUAUUUUUUUGUUCAUAAAAUUUAUUUUUGCGUCUUUCUAUUUAAAGGAUCCCUUUAAGAUCUACGUAAUGUAAGUUUACUUACUCUAAACCAAAAAGAGUGGAAUGUUGCGAAAAUUUUUCUCGAAUUUAACUGCUGACUGAUUUUUUAUGUUCAUCGAAUAAAUUAUAUACCUAGAGAUGUUUUUGAAACAGAAAAAUUAUUACGAAGUAGAUAAUUAUAUAUGUUACCAACUCUGUUGCAUUAAAUGUCAUAUCAGAUAUGAAACAUCUAAUAAUGUAUUUUUAGAAAAUUAAAUAUUUUGUUUCCUUGAUA